AAAGCUAGCCCAAAGAAGAAUAAAAAACGCUGCGAAGUGAAAGGAAGAAUUCAAAAUAAAGAAGCACCGCCUUGCCUAGACCGAGGAAAAUGAGGGGCAACGUGCGCGGCCGUGCCACCGGUUCCUUCCAUCCCCCGCCAAAACAACAGUCGCGUGACUCCGAUGCCAGCAGCCGGCCCUCCUCCAUUGGUAUGGGCCGCGCCAUUUCUGCCGCCGAACCCUACUCAGAUCGCGCCUUCCAAGUGGCCACCAUCCGCUCCAUCAAUGCCUUCUUAUCCUCCCAUUCCAUUCAUCCUAUUUCCACCAAACCUUCUCAGGCCCCUUCCGCCAAGGACCUCUCAAAUAUCCUCACAUCCCUUCUUUCCAUGAUCGAUUUCCCUUGCUCCAAACUCGAAGACGACCUAUCUUUCCUCCUCAAAUCCCUUAAUUGCCCCUUCAAAUUCAACAAAUCCACAUUCCGUGCCCCUAAUUCCCUACACAACUGGCCUAACUGGCUUGGUAUCCUUCACUGGUUGGUCCAACUAGCAAUCUUCAAUGAACAUAUAUCUCAGAAUUCCACAAGUAGUUUUGCUCAAAAUAAUAGCAUGAAUGAGUAUGCAUUGGAGAGUUAUAUGCGAUAUAUACAGGGAGAGGACGAUAUACUGGAGGUUUUAGACAAGGAGUUUAUGGAGAAGGUCGAGAAGGAGAGGGAAAACGUGGCGGAGAGCAACAGGGCUUUGGAAAAGAGUGUUGGAGAACUGGAGGCAAAAGCAGAGGCAUUAAGGACGGGGCCAACGGAGAGGGAAGCGUUAGAGAAGGAGAAGAACGUAUUAGAGGAAGACGUGAAGAAGUUUCAUGCUAUGAUUGCAGAGUUUACGGGGAGGAUUGAUGCAAUGGAGCAGGUGUUGGAGGAAAAGGAGAAGGAGUUGAAUGCGAAAGAAGAGGAGAGGAAGCGAAUUUGCGAGGAGAAUGAGGGGUUUGAAAAAAGAGUGGAGUUACAAACUUUUAAUGCCAGAGAUAUAGAGAGGAUGAAGAGGGAGAUGCAGGCUGUGGAGAGGGAUAUUUCAGAGGCAGAAAUUGCGAGGAAUUCAUGGGAAGAUAAGUCUUGGGAUCUUGAUUAUACUAUUGGGCAGAAAUUUAAGGAGCUUGUCGCGCUUGCAAUGGAUUGCAACCAAGCAAUUAGGAGGUUAAAGCUUGGUAAAGGUUUCCAGUAUGAGGUGAAUCCUAAAGGCUCAACACCUGCUGAGGUGAUCGGGAUCAACUACAAAGCUACACUUAAAUCUGAGCUGGAAAGUUAUGCUGAGAAAAUAAGGGAGAGUUCUAAGGAAAAGUUUGAAGACGUGAUUAUUCUUCAGCAACAAUCAAAAGAAAUGGAUAUCAAGAUUGAGAACCAAAAAUAUCGUAUUGUUGUGCUACAAUCCCAUAUUGAUGAAGUCGAAGCCCAAAUAAAUUUGUCAAAGAAGGAAAUGCAAGAAAAUGGUGAUAGAUCCACAGCAGAAGCUAAGAAAAUGGUUGAGGAUAUCCAAAUUGAGGCUCAUAAAUUGGAUGUCACAGAAAGAGAAGCAGCAGAGAUUCUAAAGGCUUCACAGCUGAGGUUGCAAGAAGAAAUCCAGCAAAGUGAGGAGGAAACUCAGAUGCAUGCACGCGAGCUCUUUAUGCUGGUCGAUUCUCUCUCGAAAUAUAAAGAACAUGUCGAAUCCAAAAUUUCCGAGAUGAGAAUCAGUCUCUCCGAAACCACUGCAGCUGUCUCGGAUGCUUACAGGGGUACAUUGCCUGCACAAAUUCACUGGUAGCGCCACUGCAAGUCAGUAGUAUUAAUAGAAAAAUCUCUAUGACCAAGGUUAGUCUUUCUGAUUGUGCUCAAACAACUAUUUUACUGCUCACUGCUGAUUCAAACAACUUUUUAUAAUCCUUGUUCAUAUGUUGACAAAUCUGGAGAUUGAAGUUUCCACUUGAUGCUGCCUACAUUUCUUUUGUUCGUAUGGUGAAAUUGUUGACAAUUAUACGCCUAUUCCAUGUUCGGCAGGAGUGAAAGAAAAACGAAAAAGAAAAAGUAAUAAAAAAACAAUUGGCAUUUCCAUUGUGGUACAGUAGUUGUUUCCUGCUUUGCUAUUUGGAUUUCCAUUUUGUUUACAGUUUUUGUAUAUGAAUAUUUAUGUUUUAAGACUUAAUAAAUUCUAAUAAUAAAUUUUUUUUUGAAUAA